CCGAAAGCGAAGUAGCAACACUUUGCUAAUAAAGGUACCCCUAGCUUCACCAUCAGGUAGCAAUACCCUUCGACGCUAGCGGUUUUACACAUUAGGUAGCAAUACCUGUAGAAAAGUAGCAACACUUUUCACCCCAACCCUCUAGCUAACCAUGGCUACGACGGCCAACGAAGUUGCAAAACUUUGUCCUUGCGGCAAGAAGAUUUCUGCCUGGGAUACACACCCCGUGUGUGCGGCAUGCCUGGGCUUAUCUCACGCUCAGGCUGCCCUGACACCUGCACACGACUGUAUCCACUGCGCAGCUGUCCCCCGCAAACUACUCCGCCGCAGGCUAGCUCGCCGGGCUAACCUGUCGGGCGGCGACCCUUUGCUGUGUGAGGCUGCUGCAGUGCAAGGAGAAACUGAGAUGCCCGGUGAUUUGGCCGCAACGCCAGGGCCGAGCUGGGCAGAGGCAGACCCUCAGCCCAUCGCGACCGCUUUCCCGUCGCUGGAGGCACACGGAGAUCGUGUGUUUUUCCGCGAUGCUGGAGUCACCUGGGGAGGAGAUGCUAACGAGGACGGAGAUGAGUCGGCUGACUCGGAGCUCCUGCUGUCUGACGACGGCGAGGAGGAAGAUUCCACCUCCUUGGCUAGCAUCAGCUGGGCUGCAAAGCCCUCGGCUACCGGCGAGGUUGAAAAACCGACACCGCCGUCUCCCCUGGAUCUCGACAUGCAGGACAUGUGCAAGCGCGCAGCCGCUAGGCUCAACAUCCCGUGGCCCGCCAUACAAACAGAGGUUGUAAAGUCUCGUAUUGACGGUAUGAAAUAGCCGAAGGCGAAAAAGACGGGGAAGCAUGUGUUGCCUGUUUUCCCUGAUCUACUCGAUGCGAUAGCGGUGACGUGGAAAGCAAAACCUUACAGCGAGAAACACCCCAUCGUGGGGAGCUCCCUGC